AUGGUGUGGUGUUGUAUUAGGAUCGACGAUGUUCGAUCGGCACAUUUAUCGAACAAGUCAUUCUUCACUUCGAUCUUCAUCAGGGUUGGAUUAGAGGUGAAAUCGAACCCAGGAGCCCCCGAGUGCACUAGGUAA